AUGAGCAUGUUCCAAUUUCGAGAUGUAAUAUUUCAGCGGGGGAAUGAUGGAACAUAUUUGUCUUCUCGUGGUGCAAAGGCGAUGACUGUGAGCGUUGUCUUUACCAGCUUGGCAUCUUUCUUUGUGGCCCUGAGGAUGUAUACUCGAAUCAAGCUUAUGAGACGGGUGGAAGCAAAUGACUGGAUGGUUAUUAUUGCCUUGUUAAAUUCCUUUGUCUUCCUGGGUUUAGAUGUUGUCGAAGCCACCAGUGGCAUGGGAAUGCACAUCAAAGAUAUCCCACCACACAUCCUUGAGAGACAGAUGAAGGCAUUCUGGCUCACCAUCCCGUUCUAUAACGCCGCCGUCCUCUGCGCGAAAGCCUCCAUCUUAAUGCAAUAUUUCCGAGUCUUUCCCACGCACCGUAUGCGCGUCAUUUGCUGGAUCAUGAUCUCAAUCCUCGGCAUAUAUGGUACCUGGGCGGUGAUCAGUGCAUUCCUCAACUGUAUCCCGGUUGCCAAAUUCUGGGAUGCUUCGAUCAAAGGACAUUGUCUAAGCCAGCCUGGGCUUUGGUUCUCGAAUGCUAGCAUGCACAUCACAACCGAUCUUGCUAUUCUCCUUAUUCCGAUUCCAGCUCUGAUAGCAGUCGACUUGCCUCGGAGACAGAAGAUUGCGUUGAUGAUCAUGUUUGCUCUGGGUGGAUUUGUCUGCAUCACUAGUAUCAUCCGCCUUGUCAGCCUAAAGAUAAUCUCAGAUUCCUCCGACCCCACAUACGACAAUGUCGGCGCCGCCUCCUGGUCCGCCAUAGAAUGCAACACGGGCAUAAUCUGCGCCUGCUUACCGACCUUGAAGCCGCUGAUCGCACGCCUCUUCCCGGGAAUGAUCAGCACAUUCAACGGCAGCCGUCCCACCUUUGGCGACACAACCCAGCGCAACUCCACCUGGAACGGGGACGAAGCGACCCUCGGCGCAUCUCACUCAGACCCCGAGUACGGGGCUGGCGACCCAGAGCGAGUUCUCGCCCUUGUCCCCGGCAGUGGGUUCAAGCCGGCGCAGAAGCCCUUCGCUCAAGACGAGGAAAUGGAAAUGGCUGAAGUCCACUCCGUUCCUCCCCCUAUUCAAAAGCAUCGUCGCGCUGCUCCUUCAAGGUCUUCAUACUCGUCAUUUGCCCGUUAG